AUGGCCAUCCAUUCGAUUUGUGCCCACGCGUUCCAGGUCCUCAAAUCAGACAGCACCUUGGUUGUAUGGCACUGUAACCUCUGUCACACGGGGCCAUUGUACAUGAUUUUCGAAUGUCGAUACUGCAAGCUACACACCUGCCGUGCCUGC